AUGAACGACGCGCCGGUAGCGCCGGCAGUGUAUCUUCAUGCAGCGCGAGAGCAUGUGGUGAACGAGGAGACGCGACGCAUGUACGAGGAGCUGCCUUCGUACCAGCGUCUCGCUGAUGGCACGCCCGAUUACUUGCGUAUGAUCCUCGGCGCGCACCUGUAUGACUUGGCUCGGCAGACGCCACUGCAGCCGGCGUCCAAGUUGUCCAGGCGCUUGGGCUGCGAGAUUUUGCUAAAGCGCGAGGAUCUGCAGCCUGUGUACAGCUUCAAGUUGCGUGGUGCGUACAAUAUGAUGCGGCAGCUCGAUGACCAGCGCAAGUGGAAGGGUGUCAUUGCCUGCAGCGCCGGCAACCAUGCACAGGGCGUGGCCAUGUCAGGCGCGCAUCUCUCGAUCCCAUGCACGAUCGUCAUGCCCAUCGGGACACCUAGUAUCAAGUGGGAGAAUGUCCAGCGCCUGGGCGCCAAGGUCCUAUUCCAUGGCGCGAACUUUGACGAGGCGAAGGCGGAGUGUGCGCGGCUGGCGGAGGCGCAUGGCCUGACGGUCAUUCCCCCCUUUGACCAUCCCCAGGUCAUUACGGGGCAGGGCACUGUGGCUGUGGAGAUCUGCCGCCAGACAGAUAUGGAGCACGUCGAUGCGGUGUUUUGUGCCGUGGGCGGCGGCGGCUUGCUGAGUGGUGUGGCCGCGUACAUUAAGCGUGUGGCACCGCCGCACGUCAAGGUGAUGGGUGUCGAGACGUACGAUGCAGACGCCCUCGCACAGAGUCUCGAGCGGCGUGAGCGGGUCGAGCUUUCUGACGUCGGUCUAUUCAGCGAUGGCACAGCUGUGCGAGUCAUGGGCGAUGAGACGCUGCGUCUGUGCAGCUCGUUGGUCGACGGCGUCGUGCGAGUGUCGAACGACGAGAUCUGUGCCGCCAUCAAAGAUGUGUUUGAAGACUCGCGUGCGAUCACAGAGCCGGCUGGCGCUCUCGCCGUGGCUGGUAUGAAGCGGUACAUUGCGUCGCAACGCGGCGACGCUGCAGGCCGCCGGUUCGUGGCCGUGAUCAGCGGUGCGAACAUGAACUUUAACCGGCUGCGCUUUGUUUCUGAGCGUGCCGAGCUCGGUGAGCAGCGCGAGGUGAUUGUGUCGGUGACGAUCCCCGACCGCCCCGGCAGCUUUUUCCGCCUGCACCAGUUUCUCCAUCCACGCGACGUGACCGAGUUUUCCUACCGCUACAGCGGCGCGCCCCAGGCGCAUAUUCUCGCAUCCUUCCUCCUCAAUGGCACGGUGCCUGCGCGUGAAGCGAACCCGAUCGUAUCGAGCACACAGGCGCUCGAGCCCCACGCCAACCUGCGUGAGCUCGAGAUCCGCGGCAUCCUGCAGGCGCUCAAUGAGGCAGGUAUGCCAGCCGAGGAUAUGAGCCACAAUGAGCUGGCCAAGUCGCAUUCGCGCUACCUCAUCGGCGGGCGUGCCACCGUGCCCGAUGAACGCCUCUUCCGCUUCCGCUUCCCCGAGCGCCCCGGUGCGCUGCAGCGCUUCUUGACCGGGAUUGACGCCGGCUGGAACAUUUCGCUCUUCCACUACCGCCGCGAGGGCGGCGACAUCGCUCGCGUGCUCGCUGGUGUCCAGGUGCCGCCUGAGACGAACGCCAAGUUUGAUCAGUUCCUGCAUGAUCUCGGCUACGUGUUUGAAGAGGAAACACACAAUCCUAUUUACAAGCAGUACUUGCUAGCCACGCCACCGUCACUGUAG